UAUAAUAAUUGUUGUGAAUUAUAAUAAACAUAAGAGUACACUGAGUUAUAUAGAGGAUAGGAGCGAAAGCUCUUAUAUGUAUAGUUUCAAUCAAAAACAACUAAAACUUCAAAAAAUAUUAUUACUUAUAUUAGUUUAUAAAUUCUCAGGCGCACACAAAGUGAGAAGAAAAUUGAAUUUAUCAUAAAUUUCAUGAUAAAAUCAAAAUGAAAUCAGAAAUUAUUACAGAAACAUUGUCAAACGAUAAAAAAUUAUCAACUACAAUUUCAAAACAAGAAAUAUCUUCGAAUUCAUUUAAAGCAGAAUUAAGAUGGAUGUCAAUAACAAUGAUAACCGUUGUUCAUAUGGUAGCAGUUUAUACUCUUCUUACUUUUCCAUAUUUUGAGAAAAAAAGAACGUUUUUAUUUACAUAUUUUAUGACACAAAUGGUUUGUUUUGGAGUAACCGCUGGUGCUCAUCGUUUUUGGACACAUCGUUCCUAUAAAGCUAAAUGGCCACUUCGAUUAAUUCUUCUUUAUUGUUUUUACACAUCUGGACAAAAUUCAGUUUAUAAUUGGGUGAGAGAUCAUCGCGUUCAUCACAAAUAUUCAGAAACAAAUGCAGAUCCACACAAUAGUGAUCGUGGAUUCUUUUUUUCACACGUUGGAUGGCUUAUGAUGCAAAAACAUCCAGAAGUCAUAAAACGAGGGAAUCAAAUUGAUAUGAGUGAUAUUUACGCUGAUCCAAUUGUUGCAUUUGGUGAAAAGUAUUUCUACUUUUUUAAAGGUUUCUUAGGUUUUAUAAUACCAAUAAUUAUACCCAUAUAUUUUUGGAAUGAGACCUUGUACUAUUCAAUAACAAUGUCACUUUUACGAUAUGCUUAUACAUUGAAUUGCACGUGGAGUGUCAAUAGCGCUGCACAUAUGUGGGGUUAUAAACCAUACGAUAAGACAAUAGCUCCAGUGGAAAAUAAAAUUGUUGCCUACUUAGCAUUGGGUGAGGGUUGGCAUAAUUAUCAUCAUGUAUUUCCAUAUGAUUAUAAAUGCGCAGAAUUAGGAAAAUAUAGUCUUAAUUGGACAACAUUUAUGAUUGAUAUGUUUGCAAAAAUUGGUUGGGCAUACGAUUUAAAACAACCUUCUAGUGAAAUAAUAAACAUAAUGAGGACAAAAAGAGGAGAGUUAUCGCCAUCUUUUGCAGUGUCAAAAAAAUUAAAAUAACAUUUAUUUAUAUUUUGACAAAAUAUUUUUAAAAUAUAUAUAUAUAUAUAUUCUAACACUAAAAAAUGAUACUUAAGAAAAUAUAAAAAUUAUAGGUUAUGUUUGUUGAUUUUUUAAAGUUAAAAUACACAUGAGAAAUAAAAAAAACUAUCAUAAACAUAACCUAUAAUUUUUUUUUCUUAAGUGCCUUACUUCAGAACGCUAAAUAAUAAAAUUAUUAUUAUUAUUAUUAUUAUUAUUAAUAUUUAUUGUAAUUUAUAUUGUAAAUUAAUUAUUAUAAUAUUAUAUUACAUUU